GGAUCACUGAUUAUUUAAACAACAUAUAGCAACUCGUUCUCAUAGAAUAAGUCAAAGUUGAUUGGUUACUGAGUUCUAACCUAUCACUGCCGUUACUUCUUCACAGUUAUCUACUAUUGGUCCACGUGAUACGAUACAACAAUACUAACGCCAUCUAAUCAGCUGUGAAAAAUAAAUAUAAUAUUCUAACCUCUUACAGGAACGUUGGUAUUUAUAUCUCUUAUAUGAUUAUAUUAUUAUGAUUAAUUUAGUUCAUUAAAAAGUUAUUAUUGUGAAUACUAACGUGCAAUUUGAAACAAAAAAUGAGUAAAUUAAGAGAGUAUAAAAAAUUUAGAGCACAAGUUGAUAAAGAAAGGAGUAUUCUCAAAAAUAUAUUAUCUAAACUUGACCAACAAAUAGAUGCACUUCAGGUUGAACAAUUAAACAUAAUUGGUCUUAUAAAUGCAAAAAAUAAUCCUAAAAAAGUUCUUAAAGAUACAAAGGAAGAAUCAUCUUUGCAAACAAGUAACAACCAAGUUUCAAAUGAAAAAAUGUUAGAUUUAUCAGUACCAAUGUUGAUAGAUUUAAAUGAAGAAGAAAGUGAAGACGAUAAUAGCAGGAAUGCAUUUUAUGAGUUUAAUCAUAUGUUUAAAAAGGAAAUAAAUAACUAAUGAAUGUAAUAAGCAAACUGUAAAAUAUUUUUGUACGUACUUAGAUUAAAUAAAAUUAACAUACAACAAUUAAAUUUGUACAUAGUUAUUUGUACAUACAUGGAUAAAAAACCCCUGAAUUGUUUUAUAAUUUAUGCUUUAAUUAUUCUUAAGCAACACAAGUUGUCUUAAUAUGUAUAUUAACAAUUAGAAAGCAUAAGAAUAAAACCUAUAGAAAUUACUACUUCAAUAUAUUUUGGAUCAUUAGCUAAUCACUAAUAACAGAAAAAAAAUUUACAUUUCAUACUUCCAUGUACACAUUGCAAUAGUCUUUUUGAUUGCAUAAAAAGUAUAAUUGAAAGAUUAAUUGAAAUAAUUCUUAAACCUUCGAUGUAUAUUUUAUACAAAUUCAAACUGACAAAAGAUAAAGAACAAAUCAAUACUUUUCUAUUUCGAUAAUAACUAAACAUUGGUAU